AUGAAAGUCCCAGCAAGAAUUCAAAUAAAAGCCAAGAGAAAAUCCAAGAAAAAUCCAAGAGAAAGUCCAAGACCAAAAGAAAAAGUUUUAGCGACAAAAGCUCCAAGAACUAUGAUUUUGGCAAUGCUAAAAUUACAACUAAAAAAAGAAGAAUCGAGAAUUCAAUCGAAAGCUCAAGAAAAAGUCCAAGCAAAAUCCCAAAAAAUCUGA